GUUGGAUGAAGUUAACAGUGAGCAACGUAUAUCGAGACUGUAUGCUGCCGGGGACUGCUGCUGCUGCCGUGUAUCCUGUAUUCUGUAACCAGUAUGCUGUAUGCUGAACACACAAGUCGUUUUCACCCAAUGCCGAGCAGCCCACCAACCUGGAUGGAACUCGUCCACUACAAACUGCGACGGUGGCGGCGCUUGAAGACGGCAGGAACGCCGGAGAGAACGCCCCGGAAGGAGGCGCUGCGAUUGGCUGGCCGGCGCGAGGCGCGCUGCAAGUUGGGCGGGAGACAGCCGGCCUGUCCCACUUGCUCCGCGUGCGCCCAAAAUGGAGCGCAACUUGAGUGCCGGGCUCAGCAACGACUCCGCCAGCGGCGCGGGCAGGAGAGAAGCGGAGGCGGCCGCCGCGUGGGCUUUCGGUGCGGUGCUUUCUGUCAUGUAUGUGGCUGGCGUGACGGGCAACGUCUACACGCUAGGACUGCUUUGGCGUUCGGGCCGUUGCGCCCGUGGCGCGCCUUUGUCCGGCUCCAUCGCCAGCCUGGCGCUGGCCGACCUGCUCUACCUCUGCUCCAUCCCGUUCAUCGUGGGCACGUCGGUGGCGCAGGACUGGUACUUUGGCGAGCUGGGCUGCCGCGUCCUGCUCAGCCUCGACCUGCUCACCAUGCACGCCAGCAUCUUCACGCUGACCGUCAUGUGUACAGAGCGCUACCUGGCCGUUACACGGCCUUUGGCCACACGACACCGGGCACGGCGCUUCAGCAAAGCCACGGCCGGCGCAGUCUGGGGAGUGUCGCUCCUGCUCACCCUGCCCAUGAUGCUGAUGGUCACCCUGAGCCGGAGUAGCGACGGCAAGCACAUCUGCGCCCCUACCUGGAGCCCGGACGCCUACCGGCUCUACCUGACAGUGCUGUUCAGCACCAGCAUCCUGGCUCCCGGGCUGAUCAUCGGCUGCCUCUACGCUCGCCUGGCCACCACUUACCUGGAAUCGGAGAGGAACCCACCGCGCAAGAAGGAACCCAAGCGGUCCCCCCGCCAGAAGGUUCUCAUCCUGGUCUUCACCAUCGUGCUGGUCUUCUGGGCUUGUUUCCUGCCCUUCUGGAUCUGGCAGCUGGUGCCCCUCUACCACGGCCCCCUCGGACUCCCGCGGCACACCCAGAAGUGCAUCAACUACUUGGUCACCUGCCUGACCUACAGCAACAGCUGCAUCAACCCUUUCCUCUACACUUUGCUCACUAGGAACUACCGCGAGUACCUGCGAAACAGACACAGCAACUUCUACCGCUUCACGUCUUCCUUCCGCAAGAGGGGCUCCAGCCUGCGCUGCUCUUGGAGGCGUUCCACCUCCUCCGGCACCCACUGCGAGCCCGGAUCUGAGGGCCUGAGCAUGACCGUGUUAAGGGAUUGCAAAUGAACUCCUGUGCCCUUUCUUUAGGAGCAGCUUCCAAAUAUCUUCGAGAUCCAGGUGGUCUUGGGCAAGGGCUUUUCUUGGCAAUCCAUCUAGCCGCCUGUCCUGUUAUGUUAAAACAGGAUCCCCGAUACCAUGGUCAGGAUUGCAGGUAAAGGAAAUGGUGAUGGCGUAGCGCGUGCCCCAGUGGACCUUUUCCACAUGAUGGAGGUUCUCAGAGCCAGAAGUGAAGAAGGAAACCCUGCCUGUAAAGACAAGAAUGAACAAUCAGGAGGUGGACAGGAUGCAUACCAUAUGCCUGCGACUAAUACUUAGGGUAUUGUUAUCAGAUACCUACCCUGGGACAUCUACAGAUUCAAGAUUUGAAUGCUAUCUGAAAGCAUGGUACCUGGUUCCCAAAGAACAAGAUAAUGCUACUUAAAAUAUAUAGACAGACCGCAAUAAGAAUGCUUGAUGUGUAGUAUUUUUUAAAAAGUAUCCAUACUUGUUCUGGAGGACAAAGACUUAUGUUUCAGCAGCAUAGCUGCCAUGGAGCACAAUCCCAGUGAAUAGAGCUGCUACACAGGUAAUGCUACACAGCAUAUUUGACAAAAACAUUUCAAAUCACCACUUUCAGAAAAGAGAUUUUGGCUUGUCUGUUUUCUUCUGUUCUUGAGCUCCACAGACCAAAGUUGCCUGACAGCUUUCAACAGGGCAGAGAAUACCAUCCCACUCUACAAAAUGGGGAAGUGUAGGAAACACACAGUAAGGUGUUCUUGUAUUUGUUAAUGUAUUUUGCUCCCUCCCUCUCAAAACAAGUCCAGGGUUGUGUAGCAUAAGGGGUACCUGGAAAGCAUGUUUAAUUCAUUAAAGUGCCCAGUAACAAAGAAUCUGCUGUAGCAGUAAUGGUCUGGCAGAUAGUGGGCCCCACUGCUCUGGGAUUCCCCCCCCACCCUCUCGUGAAAGCACAAACAUCCUCCUAAAGGAAAGGGGGGGGAAGCUGCUGCUGCACCAACCCCAACUCUAGCCUGCUACUGGACUGACAAACAUUGUGAGAAAACCCAGAGGAGCUUGCUUCGCACGAGUUCAAAGAUUAGCUUUGCUGAACACACAAGCACUUUUGAAGACUGAAAUAUAAACAAAUAGGAAAGCUGUCCUAAGUGCUGAAGUCCUACUUAAGUUUAUAUGCCAGAUUCUCCCUUGGCUGAAAACAUUUCUGCACGUAGACAAGGGAGUACACACAGCACAGGCACUUUCACAGCAGAAUCUUCUCAGGUGUCCAGUUCUCUUGAACAAAAUGCAUUGUCUGAACCCAGUGUAUGAGCUUCCUAUAAAAAUUGGGAGGUGCAAAAUUUAACUGCUUGGUCAGUAGGACCAAGUCUUAUUGUACAACAUGUUGCCGUCAUUGCUAGCGUAGUGAAUGUGGACACACGCUCAAGGAUUUUUGUUCUAUCUACUAUUUGAAAAAUCCAGCAACCACAAAAUAAAGAACUGGCAUGUUUGAACUCAGGAUGUUGUUGCUGUUUUGAUUUCACAUAAUCAGCUGCAAGGAACAAACAGCUGAACACUGACAGGA